GAGGAAAGGAGAUUUUUCGCCCAUUUGCCACCUAACUUCCCAAAAGCAGAGUUGGAUAGAGCCAAACGAGUUUAUGCCGGAAUUUUGACAGCGAAUUAUGCUGGAAGCGUUGAAAAGUAUCUAACGCCCGGAGACGAAAACCAGCCAUGA